AAGGACAGCUGGGGCCAGGUUGGGGGUCAGGGCAUAAAGGCUCUGCCUCUUUGCCCUUUCUCGGUAUCUCUCUCGCUCUGUCCUAUCUCUGUCUCUUUUAGUUGAUGACUGUCUCUCUCCAUCUCUGUUUCCCUCCACCCACCGCCUGGACACACGCCCAGGGGACCAGCCGUCUGUCCCUCUCCAGCUGUGCGGCCUGGAGCAGGACGGGCUGAGGCUCACGUCUCCUUCUGACCCUCGCCAACCCGGGGCAGGCGGGCUGAGAGUCCUGGAGGUGGAGGGAAGAGGGUCACUCCUCCCCUUGGUCUGCCCCCGCCAUCCGUUCUGGCGCCAGCAACGGGAUGGCCUGGUGGCCUCACACUAAGCCCUCGAUCUCCGCGGAGGAAGAAGUCAUUUGAUGGAGGCCUUUGAGGCAGGGUGUUCGCGGUGUAAGAGAGCUUGUUGCGCACCCGCGCAGAGCGCCGCCUCUGCGCAGCCCCACUCGGUUGCGUUCUCCAAGGACUCGUUCCACCGCUUUAGCUUGGACUUGGAAAAUGGGCUAUCAUGCAGAAGAAGCGCCCUGGACCAUCAGGCUGGGUCUGGCCUUGGCCGGGUCAUCCAAGCCCCUGCCCAGCACAGCCAGAGGCGGGAGUCCUUCCUGUACCGCUCAGACAGUGACUACGAACUCUCGUCCAAGACCAUGUCCCGGAACUCCUCUGUGGCGAGCGACCUACACGGAGAAGACGUGAUUGUGACACCCUUUGCCCAGGUCCUGGCCAGUCUGAGGACGGUUCGGAGCAACGUUGCGACCCUUGCCCACCUGCAAGGCCGCGGGGCAGCCAAGCAGGCAUGCGUCGGGAACACCCCAUCUGGCAGUCAGCCCCCUCCACCAACAGAGGACACUGGGCAGAAGCUGGCUUUGGAGACACUGGACGAGCUGGAUUGGUGUUUGGAUCAACUGGAGACACUGCAGGCGCGGCACUCGGUGGGGGAGAUGGCCUCCAACAAGUUCAAGUGGAUGCUGAACCGGGAGUUGACUCACCUGUCUGAAGCCAGCAGCUCUGGGAACCAAGUGUCUGAGUACAUAUCCCGAACCUUCCUGGACCAGCAGACUGAGGUGGAGUUGCCCAGGGUGACCCCCACGGAGCCCCCAAGGCCCAUGUCCCAGAUCAGCGGCCUGCGUGGACUCCCCCACAGUACCAGCCUUUCUGCAGCCACUGUCCCACGCUUUGGGGUCCAGACUGAUCAGGAGGGACAACUGGCCAAGGAGCUGGAAGACACCAAGAAGUGGGGGCUUGAUGUGUUCAAGGUGGCAGAGCUAAGUGGGAACCGGCCCCUCACAGCUAUCAUGUUCAGCAUCUUUCAGGAACGGGACCUGCUCAAGACAUUUCGGAUCCCAGCAGACACACUUGCCACCUACCUACUGACACUGGAGGGUCACUACCACAACGAUGUGGCCUACCACAAUAGCCUACACGCCGCCGACGUGGCCCAGUCUACACAUGUGCUGCUGGCCACACCUGCGCUUGAGGCCGUGUUCACUGACCUGGAAGUCCUGGCUGCCAUCUUUGCAAGCGCCAUCCAUGAUGUGGAUCAUCCUGGGGUCUCCAAUCAGUUUCUCAUUAACACCAACUCAGAGCUUGCACUUAUGUACAAUGAUACCUCCAUGCUGGAGAACCACCACCUGGCUGUGGGCUUCAAGCUGCUGCAGGCAGAGAACUGUGACAUCUUCCAGAACCUCACCACCAAGCAGCGGCUGAGUCUGCGCAGGAUGGUCAUCGACAUGGUGCUGGCCACAGACAUGUCCAAACACAUGAACAUCCUGGCUGACCUCAAGACCAUGGUGGAGACCAAGAAGGUGACAAGCCUUGGAGUCUUGCUGCUAGACAACUACUCCGACCACAUCCAGGUCUUGCAGAGCCUGGUGCACUGUGCCGACCUCAGCAACCCCACCAAGCCGCUGCCGCUCUACCGCCAGUGGACAGACCGCAUCAUGGCUGAGUUCUUCCAGCAGGGCGACCGUGAGCGCGAAUCAGGCCUGGACAUCAGCCCUAUGUGCGAUAAGCACACGGCCUCAGUGGAGAAGUCCCAGGUGGGUUUCAUUGACUACAUCGCCCACCCACUGUGGGAGACGUGGGCUGACCUGGUACACCCAGAUGCACAAGACCUGCUGGACACGCUGGAGGACAACCGCGAGUGGUACCAGAGCAAGAUCCCCCGCAGCCCUGUGGAGCCCACCAGCCCCGAGCAGGGUGGUCCCGACAGAUUCCAGUUUCAGCUGACUCUGCAGGAGGCAGAAGAGGAGGAGGGAGUUGAGGAGGGAGCACUGGGUGGGGAGGCCUCAGAGUCACCUGACACUGAGCUCCUGUCCCCUGAGGCCAGCCCAGACCCUGGGGCCCUAUACCUGGACAACCAGAGGACCGUGGGCAAGCCCUGUGUGGACCAUGAGGGCAACGUGAUGGCUGAGCCUUUGGGCACCUAGUGGCCCCUGAAGGGUGUGUAGACUUUCCAGGAAGAGGUCCCAGGUGGUCCCUGCUUUGCCUUCCCCACCCACUGAGGGAGACAAUCAGGCUUUUAGCUACAGACAGGUCUCAGGGUUGAAUUGGAGGCACCUGGCGGGAUCCAUUCUGACCCUGAGCUCAGCUGAGAGAGCUCUCCAAGGAGCUGGGCUGGGGGCAGCCUCUUCCAGGGCCCUUGAGUUCUCCCUCCUGGACUUCAACCCCUGGUGUAGAAAGGGAGUAUCUGCCAGGCCCCUUGUGCAUCUUCUCCAGUGGUCACUCUUCAGCCACGUCAAUCACUUUAUUUUUUCAUUCUUUAUCCGAUAUUUACCAGGCACCUACUGUGUGCCAGGCCUGUGCCUCUUAUGUGCCUCUGGGUUAGCCCUGCACAAGGAGGUGGGGAGUCAGCCUCAAGGAGUUCCCCCCUCCCCGAGACACCUCCCCUUCAUCUGCAAGGCAGCUCAUUACAAGAGAACAAGAACUUGAAUGGGAGAAUUCUCAGCACCAAAGCUUCAUCCAGACCCAGUUCUGGCUCUGGAGCUCUGGUGGGGGGUGAUAGGGGGCCAUGAAAGAGAGGGCUGUGUGUCAGGAACUGUCUCUGAAGACUGAUUUAGCCUUCAUUGCUUGUGCACUGGCUGUUGCUUUAAGUUGCUGUGGUUUCUGUCUUCAGGUCUAAGGAUCCUAGUUCUCCCUGGUCCUAGGACCCCCUGCUGGCUCCCUUAUACUUUCUCCCUCUCUAGAACAGCAACACAGACUUCUCCCCCAGGGAAGGUCUCUCGAUCUUCUGAUUCUGAGGCUGUAUCAGAUUCCCCGUAGGGAAAAGGAGGCCUCUGAUGCUUUCUUGCGAGUCACAGCCCCUUCUGGGCCUCAGUUUCCCCUCCAUGGCCUGAUCCUUAGUACUUGGGUAAACUUUGGUUGGAGGGUGGUGUUUGUGACCUCCCUGAAAUAUCUUAGAAAUAUGGGGCAUUCUCUGGGUUUAAAUAAACUCUAUUACCCAUAA